AUGGCAUCAGGCGGCGGCGGCGGUGCCGGUGUGUGCAACAAGAGAUACCGACGAUCGGCCGACGACGACGGCGAGACGAGCGGCCGCAACAAGAGAUGCGGCGUCGGCCCAAGCUCUGGGGCCAACGACGACGGCGAGAGCGGUGACGGCACCGGCGCUUACAUGGACGGGACCAAAACGGCUGACGACGACGGCGCCGGCGAGGAGUACAUGUACGGGUACGACGACGACGAAGCCGAGCAAUCAGAGGGCGACGCCGCCUCGGCGUGCGACACGGAGCAGAGGUACGUCGUGCUCACCGAGGCCGAGGUCCACGCGCGGCAAGAGGCGGACACGGCCAAGGUCGCCGAGGUCCUGUCGAUCCCGACGGGCUUCGCGGCCGUCCUGCUGCGCCACUUCAAGUGGCGCGUGGGGCGGGUCCAGGAGGAGUGGUUCACCGACGACCGGCGCGUCCGCGGCGCCGUCGGCCUGCCGGCUCCAGAGGAAGACGGCGACGAGCAAGUCCUAGUCCCCGACGCGCGCAGCCCGCGGCCGCAGGUCUGCGGCAUCUGCUUCGAUCCGUACCCCGCCGGGCGGACGCGGUCGGCGGGGUGCUCCCACUACUACUGCGACAGCUGCUGGAGCGGGUACGUCGCCGCGGCGGUGGGCGACGGCGCGCGGUGCCUAUCGCUGCGGUGCCCGGACCCGUCCUGCUCGGCGCCCGUCGUCCGGGAGCUCGUCGACGCGGUGGCGGCGGGCGCCGCGGACAGGGCCCGGUACACGCGGUUCUGGCUCCGGUCGUACGUGGAGGAGAGCGGCGGGCGGAUCAAGUGGUGCGGCGGCGCCGGGUGCACCCGCUCCGUGGAGUACCUCGGCGACGCGGCGGCGGCGACGGACGUGUUCUGCUGCGGGUGCAGGCACGGCUUCUGCUGGGGCUGCGGCGAGGAGGCGCACUGGCCGGUGUCGUGCGGCACGGUGCGCGCGUGGCUUGCCAAGAACGACUCCGAUUCGGAGACAGCCAACUGGGUGGUGGCCAACACCAAGCGCUGCCCCAAGUGCCGGCGGCCGAUCGAGAAGAACCACGGCUGCAACCACAUGACGUGCGGCGCGCCCUGCCGCCACCAGUUCUGCUGGCUCUGCUUCGACCCCUGGGACAACCACCGAGGCUGCACGCGCUACGACUACCGCCAGCGGCAGCAGGUGGAGGCCGCCGCCGCGGACGAGGAGGAGGCGCGCCGGAGGCAGGCCAAGGCGUCGCUGGACAGGUACCUGUACCACUACGAGCGGUGGGCGGGCAACGGCAAGUCGCUGCAGAAGGCGCUCGCGGACGCGGACGAGCUGGAGAGGUCGGAGCUCGAGAGGAUGGCCAGGAUGGUGGACGUUCCGGCGAUGGAGCUCGGGUUCGUGACCGAGGCGUACCGGCAGAUCGCCGACGGCCGGCGCGUGCUGCGGUGGGCUCACGCCUACGCCUACUUUUUGUUCCUUGACCCGGAGCGCGACGCGGCCAAGCGCGACCUGUUCGACGACCUGCAGAGCCAGGCGAACCGGUGGCUCGAGUGCCUCCACAGCUGCGCCGAGCUGGAGAGGAAGGAGCUCUUCGGCGGUGGUGCCAAUGGUGACGGCGAGUCCGCCACCGUCGCCGUCGAGGCGUUCAGGGCGUACAAGGAGAAGGUCGCCAACCUCACCGGAGUGACGCGGAAAUUCAUGGGGAACCUUGUGAAAGCGUUCAAGACCAACCUGCCGGAAGUGGUGGUGACGCCGGCAUUCGAUUUCGAUCACAUAGUGAAUGGACCAACGAUGGGCAGACAAACAGCUGGUGUUGGAGGCAUUAUUUCUACGCCAACUGUUACACUGGAACCAGCAGCCAUGCUACCGAUGAACUCAACUUUUUUCGGAGAAGCUACAACCUCGAUGGGACUGCCUAAUAUGGGAGCAAUAACACCAUUUCAAUUCCACAUGUCAAACAUGAUAUCAAGUGGCACGACAUCGACACCCUCUGUCACCUUCUCUAUGUCUGGACCUGGACAACCAAUUGGUACUGAACUGAUGAUGGUACAGAGCACAGCUCUUGGCUCCUUUGGCUCAAACACUUCUACUGCAUGGGACAAUUCAGACAUUGCUGAAUCAUCCUCUCAGCCUAACAGCAUGGGCAUGAAUCGACAAGCAGGAAUCAAUCCCCUCAGUUCUGCCAUGAAUGUGCCUAUUGGAAUGCAUCACAAUGCCCAACAACCGCCACCAAAAUAUGUCAGAAUUUGGGAGGGAACCUUAUCCGGGCAAAGACAAGGACAGCCUGUAUUUAUUUGUAAACUCGAUAGUUGGAGUGGAACAGUGUCCAAAACAGUUGCAGCAGACUGGCCAGAAACUAUGCAGAUUGUUCGCCUCAUAGCGCAGGAGCAUAUGAACAAGAAACAAUAUGUUGGAAAGACAGACUUUCUAAUAUUUCGGACUUUAAAUCAGCAUGGGUUUCUUGGACAACUACAAGAGAAGAAGCUGUGUGCUGUGAUACAAUUACCAUCGCAAACUCUACUACUUUCAAUGUCUGAAAAAGCAGGACGUAUGAUUGGCAUGCUCUUCCCUAAGAACAUGGUGAUGUUCAAACCAGAGGUCUUAACUCAGCCAUCACCAGUGCAGCAGGAAAAGCUACAGCAACAACAAGAACUUCUACACCACCAACAGCAACAGCUACAACAUCAACAACAGCAAAACUUACAGCGUCUUCAACAACAAAUCCUACAGCAGCAACAGAUGCAACAAAUGCAGCAUCAGCAGCGGCAACAGAAGCUACACCAGCAACAACUUCAACACCAAGAACCACUACUUUUAUUUACGCCAAAAGAACAGCAACAACUGUUGCAACAAAUGCAACAGCAACCUCAAUACCAGCAACCGCUACAGCAACAAAUGCAACAUCAACAACAACUAAGGCAACAAAUACAGCAUCAGAAGAAUCAGCAGCAACAUAUGCAGCAAAUGCAGCCCCAGCAACAACCGCUGCCUCAGAUGGUGGGUACAGAACUAGGCAGUGAUGAUGAUGCAAGGGAAGAUUGGGUCACAGGGGCUGGGCAGCAUGCCUAG